AUGGCGUUUUUCCAAUUAGUUCUAAAAGCUAAUAAGCUAGAAAAAAUAAGGCAAAGUUACGAGGAUGAGAAACUGACGUCAAUCGAGAUCGCAAAAGGUGCGAAGAAGCCUGCAUACACGUUAAAGCAGCGAAUUCGUCGAAGAAAAUUAUGAUGUAUCGUACUCUUAGUGUUGCCACAAUUCUUCUCUAAACGAGGAAGGCAAGCCUUGAUGGCUUAUGCGUUUAUUUUAGCUUUGACAGGGCCAAUGAAAAACACUUUGCACAACAUCGGUGUACUUUCGGAAUCCUUAACUUGCGCACAAGAACAGCUAAAGGAAGCGGUGAAGACUGUCAUAGAUUUAGCGAAGCAGCCAUUUUACGCUCUACGAGAGGCAAUAUCAAAGGUCAUAAGAACUAUCAAGGCAAUCGUGAAGAAAAUCAAGCAAACUUUAAUUGCAAUUAAAAGACUCGUUCUGAGCAUACUUAAAGUUAUCACAUCGGUAUUUCAAUGGCUCGGAAGUAUCAUAAACAUUUGUAACAAAAAGUUGGGCACUCCUUUCGACAGGUGCCAGAACGUCUUCGAAGGUGCGAUCGCAGAUUGCAAAGCAAAAUUGGGCCCAUUUUUCGGAGUAAUUUGCAAUAUAACUUACAUAGUUAGUACCCUCUGCUACAUAGUGAAACCACUGGAUUUCAUUUGCAUGCUCGUUUCAUACAUCGCAGACAGUGUAGUUGGCGCUGUACGAAGUAGAAUUCAGAAAUUUACGAUGCACAUGAAGGCAAUGUUCUACGUUAAAGUUAAGUUCUCUCAUUCGUUUCACUUCGAAACGAACCAAAGCAAAACGAUAGAAGAAGUAUCUACGAGUAUUACUAAAGAGAUACGCUCGAGGACCGACAAGCUCUUUGGAUUCUUUGACUGGAUGAGUUUCGUUACAUCCUUCUUCGUUUUCUUCAUUUUACUUAGAGUAAUGCGUUAUCGCUACAAAUGGUUAACUAGCGAGCGUUUCGACAAUCGAUAUAUAACCAAUGACCUACGUACCAUCGAUUUGAUAAGAGCGCGUCAAGACAAAGAGACAGUUUUGCCACUAAAUUCACGAGAACGGAAUAAAUAUGUACCAUUGACUUCUGUUAUAUUGAUCAAAUCCGAAAGGAUUCAAUUGGCAAGGUCUAUGGUAUUUUUAAGCUUGAACACGAUAAAUCUUAUCACCUACAUGUCGAUGGAUUAUAGUCUAUAUUGGGUACUACAUACUAUCCAAAUAUACGGACGAUUUCGAAGUAAGGUGGAACGAUCAAGCGUGGUGACCAUGCACGUAUCAGGAGAUGGGUAUUUGGCUGAACUUUACAAAAGUAUCGUGAAAGCAUUCACCCCUCACGGAAAAGAAGCAGAAAUCAAUACGAUGCUUUGCCUCCCGGAUCCUGUGCCUCCUGACUUGGAUAAAUAUACUCAGAUCGUUAUUAUAAUCCUCUUUUGUUGGCUAAUAGCAGUCUUUGAACCUUAUGGUUUGCGACUGAGACAAGUGGUAAUGUGUCAGUAUUAUCCUGACAGGGCGAAGCAAAGAGCAACGUGGUUGUAUAAUUACAUCAUCAGAUCAAGAGGUAGCUUUUUAAAGUUCGCUAGACGCCAGCUGCGCAGGAAAUUCGGUCUAAGCGAAGGAGAGAAAGUCGAGAAAGUGACUUUAAAAGAGAGAUUAUGGGCUAUGUGUCCAUUAUUGAAUAAAUUGUUUCCACUGAAACAAACCGUAUGUCUUCUAUGUGGCGCAGUUGAACGCUUUGAUCAUAAUCCACACGUUAAAUGUCCGACUCCUGGUUGCAUUGGUCUAUUUUGUGCCCAGUGUUUCGCAGAUUUGCAAAAUUUAUGUACUAUUUGUCGGUCACCGAUGGACUAUGGCGACUUGUCCGAUAUGAGCGAGGAGAAAGAUUCGUCGGAGGAUCAAUUCGAAAUUCCAAAACCUAUAGGACCUCCGGUAGAGAAAAAAGAUGAAGAAAUAAUAGAAGAAGAAAAAGAAAAAGAAGAAAAAGAAACAGAAGAAGAAGAAAAAGAAACAGAAGAACCAACAGAAGAAGAGGAAGAAGAGGAGAAAGAAACAGAAAUUCCAACGGAAGAAGAGGAAGAUGAAGAAGAAAAAGAAACAGAAGUACCAACGGAAGAAGAGGAAAAAAAGGGUUACGUAAAACUAUUAAAAAUGGAAAAAGACGUCGCUGAACAGACAGACGACAAAUACCUAGAGGACACAGAUCCAAGUACCGAAUCUACAUACAGCUACACGUACCAAGAGGAAUCCCCGGAAGAGAUAGAAAUUGAGAAACCGAGGAAAUCAUUCAAAGACGUGGAAGCGCAGAAAAUAAAAGAUGAUGUAACGAUUCAAAUAUUUAAUCAACCAUUUGUAAAAGAGCCAUCAUCGAGCAGUGAAUCGCCGACUUCUUCUUUCGUUGUGAGAGCGCAUAGAAAAGUUCGUGCCAAAUUAAAGAAACCACCGGCAACCAGGGCGAAAGAUUCCGAUUCAUCAACUUCGAUCGGCGACACGGAAUCCUUGUCGAGCGAGAAAGUCGACGAGGAAGAAGUAAUACACAUAGAGGUAGACGACGGCUUGGAAGAAUUACUCCCGAAGGAUUAUGGGAAUAAGAAGAAACUGGGUCGUAUAAAUAGAAUCGUUGAUGCAGUUGCGAGAAUUCCUUGGCUCGGUAAAGAGGAAAAGGCACCCGAAGGAUUACGAAGGAAACGUCCAUCGCUUAUGAACAGAAUUGUCGAUAUGCUCCAUAGAAAACAAUCCCUGCCCGUACGAUCGUAUAGAAGAAGUAGAAGAAUAACAGAUUCUUCGUCUUGCUCUUCCUGUUCGUGUGACGAUGAAAACGAGAGCUUAUUGGACAAAGAAGACAGAGAUGUUGGUAUUACAUACUUUGCUAGAAACAAAAGUAGGAAAAGAUCCACGAGAGGUAAUUAUGAUGACAAUCUGACUGGGAAGGUUCUAUGCGAAAGAAAGUUCACCACGAAACCAUUACCAAGGUAUUUAGAAUCCGUUGCAAAAGGGACAUCUUAUUACGAGCUUGACGAAACCAAAGGUUCAGGAACGCGAACAUGUGUUCGUCAAGUAGAGAACAUCAACGAACUGUCAGACAUAAAAGGUUACUGUUCUUGCACUUCGGAAAUUACGUAUCAAGGAAACGAAGACGAAGACGUUUAUUCGUUAGAUAAGAGUACUAUGUUGGGACAGACAGAUCUGAAAUCAGAAACUACUAAUGAAGCAGGGAUUCAGAUUGUAUCUAAAAGUGACACAGGUUAUACGAAGGAAACGGAAUCCACGAUAAAUAUAUCGAAACCACGGAAAAAUAUGAAAGGCAACUUUUCUGAUAACGUAAAGUCGAAAGGUUUAAGGAAAAUAAAUGAUCAGGAGACAGAAUUGGAAGAGGAAGUGAAUGAAAACGUACUAAAAGACAAAAUGGAAUCUCAAGAAGAAUCUGCGACAAUUUAUACGGAAACAGAUAGCUCUCCAUUAUAUAAUCCAUUUGCAGGUACUAUUCAUAAAUUGCGUAAGAAAAUUACGCCUAUUAUGAAACCUGGUAUUUUAAAAGAAAAAUUUAAGUUAUCGAAAGAAAAUGAGAAAGUUUCCGAACGAAAUCUUAAAAUGUCGAAUGAGAAAUCUAAAAUUGCAGAACAGAAUCGUACGACAAGCACAGAAAAAUCUAUGAUUUCCGAACAGAAAAUCGAUAAUAAUAGCGAAAAGAUAUUGACCAAUCAGAAAUCUGCAGGCAGAAAAAUUGAUAAAAGUACGGAUCUACCAGAUAAAAGCAAGUACGUUCAAGCAAAGUUCGACAAACAUGAUAGGAAAUAUAAAUUUACUGAUCAAGAUACUAGAAUGUCAGACGCAAAAAUGUCUAAUAAAUUAUUUGAAGAGUCGAGUAAAGGAAGGAAAAGAAAAAAGGAAGAUUUGAGCAAGAAGAAGGAUAAGAAAAGAUGCAAAUAUGAUCGUGUUAAACAUGGUACUUCGAAACGAAGGAAAUGUAGCUGUUCAGAAAAAUCAACGUUCACCGAAGAUGAAGAGAUUUAUUCUUCUGAAUACAAAUUGAAGACAAGUCGAUUCGAUACUGAAACUACUGAAAAAGCAAGUGGUAGUGAAGACUACGAAUGUGAAUGUCAUCUAGAAAUGAAACAAAGAUUCGACAUGCCUGUGGUAAAAAGAUAUUUACCAAUGUAUCAGAGUCCACAACUGAUCGAAGAGUUAAAAAGGCAUGAUCGAAUGAGAUUAAUUCGGGAAAACGAAACUAGGACACGUAGAUUUGGAAGUUCUUUUCGAUCUUCAGAUUCUAUCUCAGCAAAUACUAAAAUGAGAAAUCAAAGAAAUCCUACUUUGCCAGAUGAUACAGAAAGAAUAAUUAAGGAAGGCUAUGAACUCCCUUACCAGAAGGUGCAGACUUACAAGAAUGUUUUACGUGAAUUGAAAAAGAAAGUCGGGGCCCAGAAACGUGAUAAAGAACCUGAAAAUAGUGUACCAUUAAUACGUUUAUCUCCGAAAUCACACAAAAGUAAAAUGAUAAAACAACUGUAUCCAUCACAAAAUCAAACUCAGAAGAAAACGAAUGUUGUAAAAAAGUUCGCUGAUAAAAUAAUAACACCACUCAAGCCAUUUAAGAGUAAAAGACAUAAAUACAAGGUGCAUAAAAGAAAAACAGGGUCUAAAGAGAUAGGAAGCAUAUGUUACGAUUGUUCGUGUGAUGCAGAAAUUUUGAGCGAAACAUCCUCUACUUGUAGUUGCCUCAAAAAGACACAUAAAUCUGAUAUUUCAACAUCUACUGACGAAUUAACAGAUAAUAAUUAG